AUCUUCAUCAAACGCAGAGGAAAACACAGACUCUUUAGAUCGGAUCUAAACCCGCGCGCGCGUCAGAAGCGAUCGGUUCCUGCGCGAGCAUCUGACGCUGUAAUGCACGUUAGUUGAUGGAUGAAAGUGUACGCGUGCACGAGAGGGAGAAACCGACACUGCUGAAGAAGGCUGUGGAUGCUGUCGGUGAGAUCCUGUUGUCUCUCAGUUAUUUGCCGACUGCAGGACGUCUCACUGUGGUCAUUGCCAAAGCCAAGAGCCUGGUCUGGACUAACGGAAAGACCACAGCAGAUCUGUUUGUGAAGGUGUAUCUGCUCCAGGACGGCAGGAAGAUCAGGAAAAAGAAGACAUCCGUAAAAAGAGAUGAUACUAAUCCAAUCUUCAAUGAGGCUAUGAUCUUCUCAGUGCCAGCCGUGGUCCUGCAGGAUCUCUCUCUGAGAGUGACGGUUGCUGAGAGCACAGAAGAUGGCCGUGAUGAAAACAUGGGUCAUGUGAUCAUCGGACCUGAGGCCAGUGGAAUGGGAAUAACUCACUGGAACCAGAUGCUGGCGACUCUGCGGAAACCAGUUUCAAUGUGGCACCCGCUCCGGAGGACCUAAGACCUUGAGUCCUGACCCCUGACCUCUGACUCCUGUCUGCAUGGUGCCUGCUGUCUAACUAUCCUAACAGUAAAGGCACAGAAUAUGAGGAGAAAAUCAUUGUGUCUCCGCUACCCUGAGGAUGGAUGGAACUGUAAUGAGAGAAAGGCGGCUCAGGAUGUCUCAUCUGUAAGGGUCUUUGAAAUCCAGGUUUUCUUAUCCAGGUUGUCUUAAUUUCUACAUCUGAUUACAGGGUGCCUGGUUUUGUGCUGCAGCCUUUGCGUGGAAUGUAAAAUGUGUAAGAAAUUGUAGCCACAUUCUGUUUUACUAAAAAGGAAACCAUGUAAAAGAAUAUUUAUUAUUAUUAUUAUUAUUAUUGGAAGUUUUAAUUAACUUAUUUUUCUUAUUUUCCUCUGCUUAAAUAUUUAAAUAUGAAAUAUGAGGCAUAACAACAACCUAGGGACUUCCUGUCCUUUUUCUCAGGCAAGUGCAAUGACGCUUAUUAGCCUAAUAGUGGCGCCUUUGAGCCACAUCACGUAUAUGUUUUUUUUUUUUUUUCAGUCCUCCAGUUUAUUUUAAGAAAUAUGUGUAAAUUUAAAGUACCACAUUUAUUUAUUUAUUUUGACUAAUGCAUUUUACUAGUGGGGAGCGUGCAAGUAUUUUAUAAUGAUAUAAGUCAUGGGCAAGUUGCUAAAAACAGUAGUCUUUUAAUAGUUACCUCUUAUGUUUUGUAUAGCAAUGUGAUUGCUAUACUCUGAAUAGUAAUAACAUUAUGCAUUAAUUAAAUAAAUCAUACAUUUUUUACAACUAAACUUAAACGAAUGAAUUUUAUGUGGCCAGUUUGUCAAGUUUAGACUGCAGUUCAGAACAUUAUUGAUUUAUAUAUUUAUUUAGACAAGAUAUACAUUUGAAUUACUUUGUAUUUAUAACAUGCAUAUUACAGUACAAUGUAUUUCUCAUUUCAAUUCAAUUCAAUUCAAGUUUAUUUGUAUAGCGCUUUUUACAAAAUAAAUCGUUACAAAGCAACUUUACAGAAAAUUAUGUUUCUACAAUAUUUAGUAGUAGCUAGUAGUUUGUGCACAUUUGACAGGAUUUUAGAAAAAAUAAUAAUAAUAAUACAAGACGUAGUCAGCUAGACGAUGAACUAUCAAUAUUAUUAAGUUAUUAUAUGAUUCAGUCACACAUUUAGCAAUAAUUGUUAGUUCUGUUUGUUGAUUCAAGGUUAGCAUCAUCUGGGGUCCUCUGAAGGUCAGCAUCAUCUCUUCUCAGGUGUUCUGGAUCCAGACUGGAGCUUGUUUAAAUCCUAGUUACAUCCCGUGGCGAAACAUAGAAACAAAAUACAGACAUCAUUAGCAUAGCUGCUGA